CCGUAAUUAGCUACCACACUAGAAUUCUUUAGUCAAUACAAUGGCGGCCAUGUCGUUAGUGUCUACUAUCCAGUCGGAAAUCGAAAAGGCUCAAUUAAAUUUAAAGGACGUCGACGAAAACCUUCGUAAAUUAACAGGACGUGACUUUAACGAGACGAAUCAGCGUCCAGACCAGAGAAGAUCAAGAGUUUCUUCGGGUAACAGAGAUGAUGAACCUCCAGCCAAGCGAAGACCCCAAGGGGUUUUUGCCAGGCUGGGGGGAGUUGUUCUAGAGCAACAUUAUCAGGAAUCUCGUGGCAGAGGACGCGGUUUCAGACGUGGUAGUGACGGAAGCGAACCCAGAGGCGGUGAUGGGAGGGGUGAUUUACGAGCCGAGAUUCACGGAGGAGGAGAAGCCCGUACUCGACGAGUCCAGGAGGUGGUAGAGGAGGAUGAGAAGACUCCUAAGCCAUCCCUGGCUUCGUCAGUUGCUCGACCCCAGGUAGAUUUCAAGUCUCGGACGGAAGCUGCUGCGGAGCUCACUAAAGACAGAGCAUCCCGCGACAGGAACCGUCGAAUGUUUGGUGCACUUUUAGGGACUUUGAAGAGAUUUAAGAAUGAUGAAGCCAAACAGAAGGAUAAGGAGGAACAGCGUGCCGCCAUUGAUCGCAAGCUUGAAGAGAAAGGUCGAGCUGAAAAAGAAGAGCUGAGACGUGAGCGGUUGGAGCUCUUUAAUCAGAGGAAAGCGAGACAAGCUCAGAUAAGACGUCUUACCUAUAAGAUGGAACGUGUGAAAGAGCAUGAGGCUUGGGAGGCCCAUAUGAUGAAGUUGACAAAGUUUAUAAGAACAAAAUCCUCUCCCAGAAUAUUUUGGUUACCUCGCUCACAUACAUCUAGGACCACCAGCCUUGUGCGAGCCACACAUGAUAUCAUCUCAAGGGAACUAGAACAAGAUCGACAGCGUCUCAAAGAAGAUCUUGAGGAUAUUCUUGGAUCUCGAGCGGACGAUGACCAGGGCGAAGAGGGCAGGGAUGCGGCAGAGGAGGGGGGGGAGGAGGAGGAGAAGUCAUUCGUGAGCAGGGGGGUCCGGUCUGAGGUCAUCAGGCAGGGGGAGGGGGGUGCCAAUGAUUCUGUUGAUAACUGUGCAGAUUUGUUAGAUUACGAGGCUGAAGAGGGAGAGCUAGUGUAUGAUGAGGCAGACCUGUCAGGUAAGGAUAACAAUGACACUGAACGUGUAGUAGUCCAGGUGGAUGGGCGGGGGGAUGGGGGGAGGAAGGUGGAAAUUGUGGGAAGUCAGUCUUUAGAUAAAGUGGAGGGGUUGACAAAGGUGGUGGGUGGGAAUGAUAGUGAAAAGGAGAAUCAGAGUAGGCUUAAAGAAAAGAGUAAGGAUAGGGAUAAAGACCGAAGUUCAGACAAAGACAGAAGGCAUAGAGAUAAAGGGAGGGAGAAAGAUAGGGGAAAGGAUAGAGACACAGGCAAAGAAACAGAACGAGAUAGAACUAAAGAUUAUCUUAGUAGCAGAGAAAAGGAUAAAAAGAAAGACAAGUCAAGGGACAGGAACAGAGAUGCAGAGAAAGAAAAAUCAAAGGCUGCUGCAGAAAUGGAAGAACCACAUUUACCAGACCUAGAGGCCACAAUUGUGCACAUCAAAAUUGAGAAAGAUGAUGAUGAUUUUAAUGCAAAAGAGCCUGAAUCUGUAUCAAAAGCUAUUAAGGAAGAAAAGGCAGACAAAUCAAAUACAACCGUGGAAGAAGACAAGACAACCAGUGUUGUAGAUUUGCAGCCAGAUGGAGAACUCCCUCCAUCUCCGACAAUUGCAGAUUUCCCAUUGCCUUCAGAUUCCCCAUCUCCUCCAAGAGCACCAGCAACUGCCUCUUCUCCAGCUGUUGCAACUUCCACAGUCACUUCUAAUCCUGCACCUGCAUCCUCUCCUAAAGCAGCUUCUCCCCCACCUGUCCUUACAUCUCCUCCCAUACCAAAAUCUCCUCCCCUACCACCUAAAGACUCAUCAGAAACCACCUGUCCAUCCCAAACUCUUGGUUCAGCUGUUUCUGGAAAGGAACAGAGUGCAGUAGAUGCCUCAAAGGAGGGCAAAGAAGAGGCUGGGGAAGCAGAAUCCAAGAAAAAAGGAGAAGCUCCUGUGACACAUCUCGACAUUAAUCCUGGUGAUAUACAGCUACCUGAAGGCAACCCAAUAAAGCCAGCAGUAUCUGCAGACAGUAAGAAGUCUUCGAAACAUAAACCUGUGAAGGAAGAUAAAAAGGUAAGUGACAGAGGAGAAAAGAAAAAGAAGGGAGAGAAAAAAGGAGGCGAUAAGCACUCAGGUUCUUCAGAUGAUAGUUCAAGUGAUGAGAGCAGUAGCAGCAGCAGUGGAAGUAGUGAAAGUGACAGCUCAGACUCGGAGAGUUCUUCUUCUUCCUCUGAUUCUUCUUCUGGUUCAUCAUCAGAUUCUGAGAGUGAUUCAAGCUCAAGCACAAGUUCAGACUCUGAAGCUGGUGGGCAAACGAAGAAAAAACAGAAAAGAAAGAGGAGAGGCUCCCGAAGUGGAGGUAAUAGUAGUAGUGACAGUGAGAAAGAAGGUAAGCCAAAAAAGAAGAGAAAAUAUGACCAAAGUAAAAAGGACACAAAGAAGAAAGACACCAAAGUAAAAGUAGAACAGAAUAGCGAUGAUGACAAAUUGAAAAAGAGUAGUGCCAGUAAAGACAAAAAGAAAGAAAAGGAUGGUGAAAAAGGAAAAGAUAAAGAAGCAAACUACAAAUCCAGGGACAAGGACAGAGAACGAGAUGCAUCCAGACGGCAGGAGAGAGAAAAAGGGAGAAAUGCAGGUAGAAGUAAAAGUAGAGAGAAAAAGAAGGAUAGGAGUAAGAGCAGAGAUAGGAAUAGGAGGGACAGAAGUAGAAGUAGAGAUAACAGUAGAAGAGACAGAAAAGAAAGGCGUUGAUGGGGUUGUCACUGUAGGUGUUUUUCUAUUUUCAAGGGGGUUAUUUGGGAUUAAAUUUGAAAUUGUAUAUAUAUUGUAUAGGUUGGAUUUUUCUCAAUUUUUUAUUUGGCAUUUUUUUCAUGUAGGUUAUGCCAUGACAAAUUUUGCUCAUUAAUUGUAAUUAAAAAUUUACAGUGAUAAUGACUUAAAUCUUAAUUUUCUUUAUUGGAAAGCAUAUACGUACAAUAUCAUCCUCAGCCAUGCCUGAAGUUUCAAGAUUCAGACACGACAGUGUUGUCAAAGGUCAUUUCAUGCUAAACUUUGAAAUCAUUUUCAGCCAUGGUUGUCAUAUAUUUCUUCUUUUUUUAAUAUUGUUUACAUGAUAAUUAGUAUAAACUUCUUUUUCCAGUUCAUGUAAGUCAGAUUUUGUGUAAUAAAUAGUACAUAAAGAA